AUGGUUGUUGAUGAUGUUAUGUGGUAUAAAAUACGUGGCAUGUGGCCUCCGGCUUGUGGAACUACUGGUUUUGCAAUGAUAAUGAAUGUACUAGAGAGGUACAUGAAAGUCAAGGUUACUGAUGAGAAUCUUGGUUUGCAUCGACUUAUAGAAGUCAUGAAACAUAUGCUUGCAGCUAGAAUGGAUCUUGGAGAUCCUGCGUUUGUUGAUGGCAUUGCUAAUGUUGUGGACAAUUUGCUCUCAAAGUCUUAUGCCGAAACAAUACAGAACAAAAUAUCGGACAACACGACGUUCCCACCAGAAAAUUACCUCAAUACAUAUAAUCAGCUUGAGGACCAAGGGACGACUCACUUUUGUGUGGUGGAUAAAGAUAGAAAUGCGGUGUCGAUGACAACAACUGUGAACUAUGCGUUCGGGUCAGGGUUUAUGUCGCCUUCAACAGGUAUUAUACUUAACGGCCAGAUGGAGGAUUUUGCUGUACCAACCCUGGUCUCUUCUUAUAGCCUCCCUCCAGCACCCACGAACUACAUUUCCCCAAAGAAGAGGGCUUUGUCUUCUAUGAUGCCAUUGAUAAUUACAAAGGACAAUGACCUGGUCGGAGUAAUUGGUGCGAGCGGUGGGCCUUAUAUAUUUCCUGCGGUGAUCCAAGUGUUCCUCAAUCACUUUAUCUUCAAGAUGAGUCCUCUAGAGGCUGUUCAGAGACCAAGAGUUUACCCUAAGGACAUGACAGUGUACAAUGGAGAUCAUAUUAAGCUUACAGAAGAGACUCGAGAGUUCUUGAAGGCGAGAGGACAUGAACUAGUGGUUACAAGUGUGGGAGGCAUUGUUCAACUAAUUGUUCAAAACAAAGUAGAUGAUUUUAAGACAGUUUCGACGGCUGUUAGUGAUCUUCGGAAAGAUGGGAAGCCAGCCUGCUGCUAA